AUGUUCUUAAGCCCAGUCUGCUCUCGGAGUAUUCCAGAAAAAGAUAUCAAUUACCACUUGGAUAACAACUGCUCUGAUGUAUCCAUUCCCUCUGCGACACAGAAGUUUAAGAGUGGCACAUCUUCGCGUUCCACACAACCCUCGAUUUCGUCUUUGUUCACCCCAAACAGCAAAACCACGCGUUCAGACGCGUCCUUCUCUCAGACACCGCUCUCAUCGACACAAAGGAACUCUAGGAAGAGGAGCGAAGUAGAAGACUACCGUCUGCCUGAGCAAGGGCACUCCAAGCGAAGCAAGCAGAGUCACUCUGACCGCCUGCAGUCAGCUGCCCCGCUUGCGGAACGCCUCCGCCCCAGCAGUCUAGACGAAUUUGUCGGGCAGCCUCACUUGACUGGUCCUGGCUCCUUGCUCAUGCACCUCCUAGGAUCUGGAGCGACGGGCAGUAUGAUCUUCUGGGGCCCUCCUGGCUGUGGGAAGACGACGCUGGCUAGACUACUCGCCAAACGCACAGACGCCAUCUUCAAGGAGCUCAGCGCCACGGAUUCUGGUAUCUCAGAUGUGCGCGCUGUUGUCGAGGAAGCCAAGGGUGUUCUAGCCCUCACUGGCAGGCAAGCAGUACGAACAAUCUUGUUUUUGGACGAGGUCCAUCGGUUCAAUAAAGCACAACAGGAUAUCUUUCUACCAUUCCUUGAACAAGGUCAUUUGCAAUUGAUAGGAGCGACGACCGAAAACCCAUCCUUCAAGUUGACUGGUGCCCUGAUAAGUCGCUGCCGGGUGUUUGUCUUGGAGCGCCUUACAGACGACGACAUUACGAAAAUCGUCACACAGGCGGUUGAGCGUCCUUGCCCUGCGUACCCACACCUCACGCCCAAGAUUCUAUCGUCUAUCGUCUCGCUCUCGACCGGCGACGCGCGCACCGCACUUUCGCUGCUCGAGCUCGUGCUCUCCUCCCCGCCGGACGCAGACCCCGACGCGCUGCUCGCGUCACUGCGCCAGUCCGUGUCGACGUCCUACGAUCGCACGGGCGACAGCCACUACGACAUGAUCUCCGCGCUGCACAAGAGCGUGCGCGGCAGCCAGCCGAGCGCGGCGCUGUACUGGCUCGCGCGCAUGCUCACAGCGGGCGAGGACCCGCUGUACGUCGCGCGCCGCAUGGUCGUGUGCGCGAGCGAGGACAUUGGGCUUGCGGACAAUCACGCGCUGCCUCUGGCCAUGGCGACGCUGCAGGCAUGCCAGGUGAUCGGGAUGCCGGAGUGCCGCAUCAACCUUGCGCAUCUAAUCUCGUACCUCGCCGAGGCCCCGAAGUCGACGCGUGCGUACCAAGGGUACAAUCGCGCGGAGGCGGCUGCGAAGAUGGAUCCGACCGUUCCUGUGCCUCUCUCGUUACGCAACGCACCGACAAAGCUGAUGAAGGAGCUCGGGUACGCGCACGGCUAUUGCUACAAUCCCGACUACGCGUCAGUCUUUCCUGUUAGAAGGUGGAUGCCACUGAUGUGUGUGUCCCCCACUGCACAGGCACCCCGUUACGAAUGA